UUAUCUGUGUUUAAACCAUGGUGUCCGAUGAUUGUUGCUGCUUGAAAUUAUUAUGAUUACCUAUUUGAUGACUAGCGAGUAGUUUUAUAAUAAUGAUCCUUUUUACAAAAAGGGUUUAUUUCCAUAUUUAAAGUUUAUAUCCAAUUGAACUCCGCCCUCUUCCUCGCUACAUUCACGAUGACGUCGUAAACCAGAGACAAGCGACGUGUAGUUUUCACGUGCUACAUGCGCGCCUCAACCACUCCUCUACAGCGACUUCCACGAAAUUCAUGCUAUGAAGCUGGAGAUAUCUCGAGUUGUACAGGGAUGUCGGUUGGGUGUGCUGACAGGACUAGGAAAGACAGGGGGGCAUUCUCUUGAAACUCCCGGAUGCUUGCUGUACACACGCUGCGGCUCAGUACCACACUUGACUCAAGACACCCUACACACUCUGACCAAUCUGCCUGCUGUCACACAAGUGACCCUUGCCACUCUGGCAGAACAUCAGGAGGUGCUGGAGGAAUUUAAAGAAGGAGUACGGAAGUUUGCGGGUCUCCAUGACACAGUGGUGUACUGCUCUCUCCAUGACCCAGCCUCGCCCAACCCUCCAGGUUACAUCACCAAUAAGACGGUGUCUGUGUGGGGGAGCGGCGGUCGGAUCGAGCUGACCGUGCAGCGCUACAUGGCUCUCCAGGCGGCCAUCCAGCCAGACUGGUACCAGAGCAUGGCCGACGGAGAGACAGGCCAGGAGAACACCACGCGCAAGAGGGUGCGCAAGGCAGUGGACCGAACCCUCAGCCAUCUGGACGAGUGUCUCGUCCUUCACCAGAAAACACAGGCGCUGACGGAGGCUGAGAUCUUCGGGGUGGUGGAAGGGGGCGACGUGCAGGAGGAACGUCUGCGGUCGGCGCGCGAGACAGCCAAACGGCCGGUCGCCGGCUUCGUUCUGGAUGGUUUCCAGUCGGGCGCCAUGGGGACCGACCUACGGAACCAGCUGAUUGCCGCAACGAUGGCUGAGCUACCUCAAGACAAACCCAGGCUACUGCAGGGUGUGGGCUGUCCUGAUGAGGUCCUUGACUGUGUAGAGGCUGGAGUCGACCUGUUUGAGAGCUUCUUCCCUUACCAGGUGGCGGAGCGAGGCUGUGCCCUGUGCUUCGACUUCGACAUUGAGCCCGACCCGGAGAGAGCAGGUACCAGGACCCCUACAGUGCUUGACUCCGACAAGGAGAAAGUCAUUACGGGAGAAGUGCCAAGAGAGAAUGGUGACGGCAGCGGCGACGCUCGGGGGAAGAUGACACGCUUUGAGAUGGACCUGAGAGACAGCAGGUACCGGGAAGACUUCCGUCCGCUUGUGUCCGGUUGCUCGUGCUACUGCUGCCGGAACCACCAGAGGGCGUAUGUGCACCACCUGCUGGUGACCAAUGAGCUGCUGGCUGGCGUGCUGCUCAUGCUCCACAACACUGCCCACUACCUGGGCUUCUUCCAGGCGCUGCGCCGGGCACUGGCCCAGGACCGGCUCGCUGACCUCAAAAAGCAGGUGCUUCCAUGUCACCAGGGACAGUAGGCCGGUGGCGGGGCCGGCACAACUUUCACAGGGACCUUGAUCUUAUCAGAGACUACUUUUAUAUAUAUGCUGUCUGUGUAUAUAUACAUAGCAGAUGACCCAAAAGACACUUUCCACCUCUGCCAAAGACUUUCACCUGGGAUCUUUAUCAUCAAACUUGUUUCAGUACAUAGUGUGUGCCACUGUCAGCCGAAGCCUGUUUACAUACAACAUGGUUUGGUUUCACGGUCAAAACGAAGAUGAUGAUGUCGCCAUCAACUAAUGUCUUUGAAUACUGGGGAGCUUUGGAGACUGUGGGGAAGAAGGUUGGGAUCAUUAAUGCACUCCUCAUCAUGUUUCCGUUCCAUCUAAAGGCUACUAGGUUACACAGAGGCCCAGCUGGGGCCAUAGGUUGGAAGCGUGCCCUCACCUCCAAGCAGAGUAAUUGUUAUUUCACUACUCCCUGCACAAAGAAUUACCAGCAUCAGCUGUCUGCGACCUGCUGUAUAAUUUAGUCUUGUCCCAUGCGCCGCAAAAUAACAUUUUCCGUCAGCAAACAUAUUUCAUCUGUAAAUGUCAAUACCUGUGGUGGAGGCUACUCCCGUGCUUUCUUUUUUGUCUGCUAAAGUAGCCCUCAGGCAUUCUUAUAAAGUCAUUUUCCUCCGUUGUGUUUUUAACUGCUGUGCGUUUUUUGUUUUUUUUUAACACUUGACUGCAUUUCAUUAUAAUUUUAUGCGACCAAUUAUGGACCCUUAUUAAAAAAUAGGUUUCUAUCUAUCUGUA